AUGAAGAUUAGCACAGUAUUCACGUCGCAGCUAGUGGCUCUCUCGACUGCGAACUCUCACUUCGCUCGCCAGUAUCAGACUGGAUCUCCGCACGACUGGAUCCCAGCGGGCCCUGACGACUUUCGAGGGCCCUGCCCGAUGUUGAACACCUUAUCGAACCAUGGCUAUUUUCCUCGUUCUGGUAGAAACAUCACGAAAGCCAACGCCGUCAAAGGUCUAACCACCGGCCUCAACUUCAACGCCUCCCUCGCCGAACUCAUGUGGGAACAAGCCAUCAUUGCGAACCCGGCCCCAAACGCAACCUUCUUCACUCUCGACCAGCUCAACGUGCACAACGUCCUCGAGCACGACGCAUCCCUCUCCCGAACCGACGCCGCAUUUGGCAACAAUCACGUCUUCAACGAGACAGUCUUCAACACGUCCCGCGCGUUCUGGACUGCGGACACUGUCACGGCGGAAAUGCUCGCGAACUCGAAACUGUACCGCCAGAUUGAGAGCAGGGCGUUCAAUCCCGAUUAUCGGUUUACUGAAGUAACCGAAGCAUUUAGUCUGGGGGAGGUCGCGGCGCCGAUUAUCGCGUUCGGGGAUAUCGAGGAGUUCACUGUGCCGAAGAACUUACUGGAAUACUUCUUCUUGAACGAACGGCUGCCAGAGGAGUUGGGCUGGUCGAAGAAGGAACAUGUAAUGAGUUUGGAGGAUAUCAUGAAGGUUUCUCAGGCUAUUGGGAAAGCGACGAGCUUACUUACCGGUGGGGACAAGGCUGGUGCGAAGUUGAGACGUGGGGACUUCCAUGCUGGGAUGUUCUGAACGUCUGGGAAGUGUGUUGUGAGAAUGAUCCUGGUAUAUGAAUAGACUAUCAAGAUCACUACUCUAUACGAACGCAGACAUGCCAUAGCACAUGGAUACCAUGUGUACCAAAAUUAGUUAUGCCCAACCUUCCAUAUCCAAGCCUUCAUGCCGA